UCGGUGAUGGCGUUGCUAGCUGCGAGUAGCCCCAUAACGCUGCGGACGCCAUCUGUUCGAUUUACCACUCCCAGGCACCAUUUUGGCGGUCGGAGCUCCAGGAAUCGCAGCUACAUUGUCUCGGCUUCUCUGGGCUUCACCACUGAUCCUCGAAUCCAGAUUGAGAGAGUCGCCGAUGGAUUGCUCAAGGAUGUAGCAGCUUUGCUGGUUUAUCAGGAGGUUUUUAGAAGCCCCCCAGCCCAGGCAUUUCUUAAGCUGCUGCUGGUUCUUCGCAGGAGAGACGAUGAUAUAAAAAUUCUGGAAGCCUAUGGAGAGUUCUUCCGCCUCAUGGCAACCGGCAAGCACUCGAGCUGGCAGGAUUUUCUUCUCGAAGGGAUUCUAAAGGCGGAUGGGAAUCCUUUUGCUGAAGCAGCUGCAAGCAGUGGUGAUUCCAGCAGCACUUAUGGAGGACGAAUCCCGGCAUCACUCGAAGCAGCAGCAACCGCAGAUCUCGAAAGCUUACAGCGGCUUAGCCUCAAUGAAUCCACGAUGAUAAGCUGGGUGGCAGAGCUCGUGUCGGAAACUAAGCCUCAAUGGCGCAAUGCUGCAUCCUCCAGCCUUGAUUCCCGCACUGUUCCAAAGGUAGACGAGAAGAAGACGAAUAAUAUUGUUGGUUUCCUGGUCACAGACGAAGAAAAGGAAGCGUCCGUGGAGGACAAGAUUUUGGUUUCGCCGUCUGAGGAGAAAACCAUCAAAACAGAGAGCGAUUUUGUCAUUUCAGAACGGCAACAGUGGCAAAAGAAGAUCAGCGGUUUAUGGAACUGGUCGGAAGCUGUUCAUCUGCUGAAGGAUUACCACGCUGAGAAUGGUUUUGGUCGCGUUGCACUGUCUCAAGUUCUAAAGUUGCGGGGAGGAAAGCUCGUGCCGGACUUUCGAUACCUUAAGCCUCUAAGUGAACCGCAUCUGACAGUAUGGUCCAGGCAGCAAGCAGCCUUGCGUGAAAAUAUAUACCGGCAUGUUUCACAGGGCUCUGCUCGUCAUGUAUUUGUGCAUGGUCCCUCCGGCUCUGGAAAAUCGUGGCUCGUGAAAGCUACUUUGAGCAAGCUAUCCGAGGAUGCACGCUUUCGGGUGGUGCUACUUCCAAGCAGCGAGUUUAAACAGCUUGCAACUAUACUGGAAGAGAUGAGGAAGAACAGCCACAUCCGGUUUGUUUUAGUGGUAGAGGAUUUGUUUCUCCGGUCAGUCGAGGAGAGCUUUGUGCUGCUCAAGGCAGCUCUGGACGAGCAUUUGCAGGAGUGGCCGCGUAAUGUUCUCCUCUGUGCUACGAGCUCUCGUUCCGACGCAAAGAUUGGCGAAACGACUGUGAAGCUCGCUGAUCUAUUCGGCCUCACUGUGUGCCUAGCCAAACUAAACGAACAGCAAUACCGGGACUGUGUGGAAGAACUCUUGGAGCAGAGUGGUGAUGCUAACAACGCAGCGAAAAGAGAUGAGGUUUUGAGACAAGCGAUCAAGUUUGGAGAGCAAGAAGGUUUCACCGCUAGAAGUGCAUCAAAAUUGAUAAAUAUUAAUAAUUAAUAUAUUGUGAACCUUUUUAUGAAAAAAUAUUUAGUCCAAUACUUAA